AUGGCUCCUCGCUCCCAGCUUGAGAUUAGUACCUCUUCUGUCCUCCGCCUGGUGAAAGAAGAGGCCUCUUACCACCAAGAGCUGGUGGAUCAGGCCGAGCGUAUCAAAAAGCUUGAGAACGACAAGAGCGAUGAUGAGAACCGGGAGUUUACGCUGCAGCAGGAGCGCCGAGCCCUGGAGGAGACCAAGAAGGUUCUUCCAACCCUGAAGAAGAAGAUUGCUGAUACCGUUACGGAUCUGAAGUCUCUCCUUGCCGAGGAAGCCGAGAAGGGCUCCGAGAGUAACGUGGAGCACAUCACCGCCGCGAAGGAGGCCAUUGCGAAGGCCCUGACCGCAGAGCGCGAGAUUUCGUGA